CGGGGAGGGGACCCGGGAACCCGGGCGCCCGGCGCUCCGCCUCCUGUUUCCGGGGCAGCGCGGUUACCUGCACCGCCCAAGCCGCACCUGGCGGAGGCAGAAGUCACAAACCCAGCGAGCUCAGAGCUGCGGAGCGGAGAGGAGGGACGGCACCCGGCUGCAGGGAGGAGAGGGAGGCGGCGGCGGCAGCGGCGGCGUGGAGGGCGCAGCGCGCCGCGCGGCGGAGGAGGGCAGACGGCGGCGGCGGCGGCGCUCGGCUCGCUCUGCCCGGCCGGCUGGGCGCGCACCCGGGUCCAAACCGCGCCGCUGCGGGCGCACAUGGCAGCGUGAGAGGCCGGCGGCGGGAGGAGCGGGCGGCGCCGGGUCGGGGCAGCUGGGCCGCAUGGACAGCGGCGCCACCCCGGCCGGCCCCCAGUAGGGCCCCCUGUCCGAGGGCGCCACCCCCCCGAUCAUGGUGCCUCGGCGGCCGCCCGGGCUAAGAGCGGCCGGCUGGAGCCGCUGAGCCCCCGCGGCGGCCAGGAGCUGUAUGGGGGAGCGCCGGCAGCGCUCGGGAAGAUGCCCCGGCCGGAGCUGCCCCUGCCGGAGGGCUGGGAGGAGGCGCGCGACUUCGACGGCAAGGUCUACUACAUAGACCACACGAACCGCACCACCAGCUGGAUCGACCCGCGGGACAGGUACACCAAACCGCUAACCUUUGCUGACUGCAUUAGUGAUGAGUUGCCGCUAGGAUGGGAAGAGGCAUAUGACCCACAGGUUGGAGAUUACUUCAUAGACCACAACACCAAAACCACUCAGAUUGAGGAUCCUCGAGUACAAUGGCGGCGGGAGCAGGAACACAUGCUGAAGGAUUACCUGGUGGUGGCCCAGGAGGCCCUGAGUGCACAAAAGGAGAUCUACCAGGUGAAGCAGCAGCGCCUGGAGCUUGCACAGCAGGAGUACCAGCAACUACAUGCCGUCUGGGAGCACAAGCUGGGCUCCCAAGUUAGCUUGGUCUCUGGUUCAUCAUCCAGCUCUAAGUAUGACCCUGAGAUCCUGAAAGCUGAAAUUGCCACUGCAAAAUCCCGGGUCAACAAGCUGAAGAGAGAGAUGGUUCACCUCCAGCACGAGCUGCAGUUCAAAGAGCGUGGCUUUCAGACCCUGAAGAAAAUCGAUAAGAAAAUGUCUGAUGCUCAGGGCAGCUACAAACUGGAUGAAGCUCAGGCUGUCUUGAGAGAAACAAAAGCCAUCAAAAAGGCUAUUACCUGUGGGGAAAAGGAAAAGCAAGAUCUCAUUAAGAGCCUUGCCAUGUUGAAGGACGGCUUCCACACCGACAGGGGGUCUCACUCAGACCUGUGGUCCAGCAGCAGCUCUCUGGAGAGUUCGAGUUUUCCACUGCCGAAACAGUACCUGGACAUGAGCUCCCAGACAGACAUCUCGGGAAGCGGAGCUGGCCAGCGGCUCUCUGCGGGGCUGGCUGCUGCCUCAGCCCUCUGGAGCUCUGUUCUCUUGCAGACCUCCUGGGGCCAGGAGAACAUGAUGCGAUGCUGUGGAGGAAUAGCCCGCACUGGCAGACACCUUGGCCCCAAGUAUUGCCUGGUCAGACAUGCUGAUCAAAGGAAGACAGUAACUGUCAAAGACUGCUCUGAGAUGUCUUGUUUCUUCACGGCCUCUCCUGUUCCUGCAGUGUUAUUAGGCACACCAAUCACGCUUGCUUUCUCGGCCCCCAGGAUCGCCAACCUGAAGAUCCAGCUGGCCAAGCUUGACAGUGAGGCCUGGCCUGGGGUGCUGGACUCAGAAAGGGAUCGACUGAUCCUCAUCAACGAGAAGGAGGAGCUGCUGAAGGAGAUGCGCUUCAUCAGCCCCCGCAAGUGGACCCAGGGGGAGGUGGAGCAGCUGGAGAUGGCCCGGAAGCGGCUGGAGAAGGACCUGCAGGCAGCCCGGGACACCCAGAGCAAGGCGCUGACGGAGAGGUUAAAGUUAAACAGUAAGAGGAACCAGCUGGUGAGAGAACUGGAGGAAGCCACUCGACAGGUGGCAAGUCUGCACUCCCAGCUGAAAAGUCUCUCAAGCAGCAUGCAGUCCCUGUCCUCUGGCAGCAGCCCCGGAUCCCUCACGUCCAGCCGGGGCUCCCUGGUUGCAUCCAGCCUGGACUCCUCCACUUCAGCCAGCUUCACCGACCUCUACUAUGACCCCUUUGAGCAACUGGACUCAGAGCUGCAGAGCAAGGUGGAGUUCCUGCUCCUGGAGGGGGCCACUGGCUUCCGGCCCUCGGGCUGCAUCACCACCAUCCACGAGGACGAGGUGGCCAAGACCCAGAAGGUGGAGGGAGGCGGCCGCCUGCAGGCUCUGCGUUCCCUGUCCGGCACCCCAAAGUCUAUGACCUCCCUGUCCCCACGUUCUUCUCUCUCCUCCCCCUCCCCACCCUGUUCCCCUCUCAUGGCCGACCCCCUCCUGGCUGGAGAUACUUUCCUCAACUCCCUGGAGUUUGAAGACCCGGAACUGAGUGCCACUCUUUGUGAACUGAGCCUUGGUAACAGCACCCAGGAAAGAUACCGGAUGGAGGAACCAGGAAUGGAGGGCAAGCAGCUGGGCCAAGCUGUGAAUGCGGCCCAGGGCUGUGGGCUAAAAGUGGCCUGUGUCUCAGCUGCAGUGUCAGACGAGUCAGUGGCUGGAGACAGUGGUGUGUACGAGGCUUCCGUGCAGAGACUGGGUGCUUCAGAAGCUGCUGCAUUUGACAGUGAUGAAUCAGAAGCGGUGGGUGCGACCCGAGUCCAGAUUGCCCUGAAGUAUGAUGAGAAGAAUAAGCAAUUUGCAAUAUUAAUCAUCCAGCUGAGUAACCUUUCUGCUCUGUUGCAGCAACAGGACCAGAAAGUGAAUAUCCGCGUCGCUGUCCUUCCUUGCUCUGAAAGCACCACCUGCCUGUUCCGGACCCGGCCCCUGGAUGCCUCAGAUACUCUAGUGUUCAAUGAGGUGUUCUGGGUAUCCAUGUCCUAUCCAGCCCUUCACCAGAAGACCUUAAGAGUCGAUGUCUGUACCACCGACAAGAGCCAUCUGGAGGAGUGCCUGGGAGGUGCCCAGAUCAGCCUGGCGGAGGUCUGCCGGUCUGGGGAGAGGUCGACUCGCUGGUACAACCUCCUCAGCUACAAAUACUUGAAGAAACAGAGCAGGGAGCCCAAGCCAGUGGGAGCCACGGCCCCCACCCCAGGGCCUGCAAGCACGGACGCUGUGUCUGCUUUGUUGGAACAGACAGCAGUGGAGCUGGAGAAGAGGCAGGAGGGCCGGAGCAGCACACAGACACUGGAAGACAGCUGGAGGUACGAGGAGACCAGCGAAAAUGAGGCAGUGGCUGAGGAAGAGGAGGAGGUGGAGGAGGAGGAGGGAGAAGAGGACGUUUUCACUGAGAAAGCCUCACCUGAUAUGGAUGGGUACGCAGCAUUAAAGGUGGACAAAGAGACCAACACCGAGACCCCGGCCCCAUCCCCCACAGUGGUGCGACCCAAGGACCGGAGGGUGGGCACCCCGUCCCCGGGGCCAUUUCUUCGAGGGAGCACCAUCAUCCGCUCUAAGACCUUCUCCCCGGGACCCCAGAGCCAGUACGUGUGCCGGCUGAAUCGGAGUGAUAGUGACAGCUCCACUCUGUCCAAAAAGCCACCUUUUGUUCGAAAUUCCCUGGAGCGACGCAGUGUCCGGAUGAAGCGGCCUUCCUCCGUCAAGUCCCUGCGCUCUGAGCGUCUGAUCCGCACCUCGCUGGACCUGGAGUUAGACUUGCAGGCAACGAGAACCUGGCACAGCCAACUGACCCAGGAGAUCUCGGUGCUGAAGGAGCUUAAGGAGCAGCUGGAACAAGCCAAGAACCACGGGGAGAAGGAGCUGCCGCAGUGGCUGCGCGAGGACGAGCGUUUCCGCCUGCUGCUGAGGAUGCUGGAGAAGCGGCAGAUGGACCGAGCAGAGCACAAGGGUGAGCUUCAGACAGACAAGAUGAUGAGGGCAGCUGCCAAGGAUGUGCACAGGCUCCGAGGCCAGAGCUGUAAGGAGCCCCCAGAAGUGCAGUCUUUCAGGGAGAAGAUGGCGUUUUUCACCCGGCCUCGGAUGAAUAUUCCAGCCCUCUCUGCAGAUGACGUCUAAUUGCCAGAAAAGUGUUUCCUUCGUUCUACUGACCAGGCUGUGAACAUUGACUGUGGCUAAAGUUAUUUAUGUGGUGUUAUAUGAAGGUACUGAGUCACAAGUCCUCUAGUGCUCUUGUUGGUUUGAAGAUGAACCGAUUUUUUAGUUUGGGCCCUAUUGUUAUUAUUAAAAACAAGAACAAAACAAAACACACAAAAAAACAGAAACAAACAAACAAAAAAAAACCAGCAUUAAAAUGAUAAGAUUGUAUAGUUUGUAUAUUUAGGAGUGUAUUUUUGGGAAAGAAAAUUUAAAUGAACUAAAGCAGUAUUGUGUUGCUGCUCUUCUUAAAAUCCUUUAGAUUUUUUUGUUUGUACAGCGCCACCUUUUAGAGGUCUUACUGCAAUAAGAAGUAAUGCCUGGGGGACGGGAAUCCUCAUAGGACGUCCCGCACUUGUCACAGAACAGCUAACUUUUCCUAGUUAACAUAUUUUGUACAAUAUUAAAAAAAAAUGCACAGAAACCAUUGUGGGGGGGAUUCAGAGGUGCAUCCACGAAUCUUCGUGAGCUGUGACGUGUUUUUAUGUGGCUGCCUGACAUGGAGCGGGCGGUGUGAUAGGCUGGGGGGCUAAGCAGCCCAGCCUAUGUGGGUUUCAGGCCACGCUGGUCUCAGAUGCCCAGUGAAGCCACUAACAUGAGUGAGGGGAGGGCUGUGGGGAGCUCCAUUCAGUUUUAUCUCCAUCAAUAAAGUGGCCUUUCAAAAAGAA